AUGCCCGCAGACCGCUCUCCAAAAAACCGUCGCCAACGACGAUCCCGCCCGUAUCAAAGCUCCCCUCAAUUGGCACGGAGGUCAACUUCUGCUGGGAGUGCUCGUGGCUACAGCAAUAGUUCUGCUCUCAUGGGAUUCAACGAUGUAAACGGAGACUUUGACACCAUGAUGGAUGUCGAUGUCGUUGUCGAUCCUCUACAGCGUCAGGUACGAGUCACCCUGUCGUUGGAGGACUCGGGCGCCGAAUAUCCUAGACCUGGUCAUCACGUAGUCCCACAACAAGGCCAACAACAAAUUGAAGGUGGAGAAGGCCACGAAGAACAUCAUCGCGGAUGGUGGAUGCUACUGCUGCGCUUCUUUUUCGUCGUUGCCACGACGAACUAG